GCGAGUUCUCGCGAGACUGCCGGGAGGUGGCGGAGGCGGCCAAGAUGGCGGAGGCGGCGGCGGAGCUGCUGGAGCGGGCGGCGCGGCGGGACGCGGCCCUGGAGGAGCUGCGGGCCCUGCGGGUCGCCGUGCAGGCCGUGCCGCUCGCCGCCCUCCGCUCCCGCCUCGCCGAGCACCACCUGAGGGCGCUCUUCGGCCUCCUCGCCGUCAAUGACCGGGAACAGGUGUCCGCGUGUGUGUCCAUCCUGGAGAGGCUCCUGCAGGCCCUGGACCCGCUUUACGUGAUCCAGAGCCUCAGGGAGGAGCUGCACAAGGGCCUGUUCCACCCCGAUGACUCCGUGAAGAUCCUCGCCAUGUCCCAGGUUGGGAGGAUUGUUGAGGACUCAGCUGCUGUCCCAGAGAUUCUGCACAGCCCCGAGCUGUUACAGCAGAUCAUAAACUGCAUUGGAGAGGAGAAAAUAGCAGUGGCCAAAGAGGCCAUCAAAUCUCUGUCCAGGAUAGCCCAGAGGCAGGAGGGGCUGGAGGCCCUGUUUGGGAGCAGCUUGCUGGGGGACCUGAGGAGGGUGAUGGCCACCAGUGACAUCGUUCGCUACCGGGUCUAUGAGUUAAUUGUGGAGAUUUCAUCAGUGUCAGCAGAGUCUCUGAAUUACUGUGCCAGCAGUGGGUUAAUCUCGGAGUUAAUUGGGGAGCUGACUGGAGAGGAUGUGCUGGUCAGGGCCACGUGCAUCGAGAUGGUGACAGCGCUGGCCCACAGCCCGCAGGGCCGGCAGUACCUGGCCCAGCAGGGAGUGAUCGACAGGAUCUCCAACAUCAUCCUGGGGGCACAGUCUGACCCCUUCUCCAGCUUCUACCUGCCAGGAUUUGUUAAAUUUUUUGGCAAUCUGGCUGUUGUGGACAGUCCCCAGCAGAUCUGUGAGCGCUACCCUGUCUUUAUGGAAAAAGUCUUUGAAAUGGCAGAAAGUCAGGAUCCAACCAUGAUUGGGGUGGCUGUGGACACACUGGGAAUCCUGGGAUCAAAUGUGGAAGGCAAACAGGUUUUACAGAAAACCAGAAGUAGAUUUCAAAAUCUCUUAAGCAAAAUAGGGCACCAGGCCAAGAAUGCCCCCACCGAGUUACGGCUCCGCUGCUUGGAUGCCAUUUCAUCCCUGCUUUACUUGCCUCCAGACCAGCAGACAGAAGACCUUUUAAGAAUGACUGAAUCCUGGUUCACAUCCUUGUCCAGCCAGCCCCUGGAGCUGUUCAGGAGCAUCAGCACUCAGCCAUUCCCUGAUCUCCACUGUGGGGCUCUACGGGUCUUUACUGCCAUUGCAAACCAGCCAUGGGCCCAGAAGCUGAUGCUGAGCAGCCCAGGGUUUGUGGAGUACGUUGUGGACAGAUCUGUGGAGCCUGACAAAGCUUCAAAGGAUGCAAAAUACGAACUGGUGAAGGCCCUGGUGAACUCCAAAACCAUUGCAGAGAUCUUUGGCAAUCAGUACUACCUGAGGCUCAGGGCUUACCUGCUCGAGGGCCCCUAUUAUGUUCAAGCAGCUUCUACUACAGCUGUGGAAGGAGCAGAGUAAUGUCCUGGGUGUCUGGGGUGCCCCUCUUGCAGAACACAGUCCUGGCACAGGUGUUGAGGUACAAGGUGUAAAAACUCUCCACACUGGAGGUGUCUCUGUAAAGGAGUGUGAAGAUAUUUUGACUCUAUUUGAAAUGAGUCAGGAGAGCAAAUUAAAGGUUGUUUGGUAUUUCCCCCUAAAAUGUCAUGGCAGAAGUUCCCUGUGUGCUUCAUGAGGUGAGCACUUGGCAGCUGCUGGCUGUUUUAUUUGGCAGAAUUUAUCAGUGUUUGUUUAAAUUGUUCUUGGGUUUGGGGUUUCUGUUGUGUUUUAUCAGUAGGUUACAGUUCAGUUAAAAAAAAACCACCAAAACACCUCAAGGUUUGUAACCUCAGAUGCUGCCAUAAUUUAUAUUCUUUUUUAAUUCCUUUUUUUACCUGCCAGAGUUGGCACUUGCAUGGAACACUCUGUUCUGUCAGAAUCCUGUUGCUGAGUAAGUGACAGUGUCCACAUGAGGGAGUAUGGACUGGGUUCUCUUGUUUUCAACCUGCUGGAUGUGAGUCUUGCUGGAAUAAAUAAUCCUAAAUAUUGUUUACAUUUUCUGCUGAGGGUUUAAAAAGAAAAAAAGGUUUUUAGCCCUUUUAAAAACAAAUCAUUGCACUCUGUAGGGAUCAAACCCACCAGGGAGCUCUGUCCCUGGCUGGCUGUGCUGUGGGGUGGCAGCUCAGUUUAGUGGCUGGAGCACUACAAGGCUAUUCAGAACCAAAUCUUGAAUUGUUUACAUUAUUUUUUAACAGAGAUGCAAUUUUUUAAAGUGUUAUUUAAAGAAAUGUGGUAUUUUAGUUACCUGAGUUAGAUCAUUAAAAGGGAUGAGAACACGGAGCUCUUGUGUGCAGGGAGUGAAUGAAGUGGGAGUAUGGAAAUGUGGCAUCUUAGGAAGUUGGAAUCUUCUUUUGAAGAUGCCAGAGCUGUGGCAGAGAAUCAGGAGUGGCUGGGCACUCCAUGGUGUGUGUCUUUGCCCAUAAACAGACCACAGGGUAUUUCUGUCAAAGCCUUGUAUUCUUUUUGUUGAGGGGGAGCAGAAUAAAACAAGAAAUUACUGCUUUGUGGCUUUUUUUAGUAAAGUGUGGCUGUGGGGAGCCCUGCCCCGUGUCCCUGUGCUGCCAGGGGAAGCAGGGGGAUCUGUCCUGCAGGAUCUGAGGCAGGUGGAGGUGCAGCUGGCAUUGCCUGCCAAAAAUUGCUGCCAGGAGAGCUCAGAGGAGCUGGGGGAGAUCCCUUAAUGUUUGCCAAGCUGUCUAAAUGCAGGUGAGGUGCCUUGUUCCCCAAGAUGUCCCUGAGAUGUCAUCCUGCGUCCCAGUGCUGCUGCUUUUACCCUCAAUGUGCCCAAUAAAGAUCUGCCAGUGAGAAAUGCACUGCAGUGUCUCGUGUCUGGAUGAGCUCCAUGGAUCCUGCAUCCAGCAAACACUUUAAAGCACUAAAAAGGAAAUAAAAGAGUGUACAAGUCCUUAGCUUGCUCUUGUUCUGGGCAGUUCAGCUCUGUUAUUUUAGGUGGCUUUGUGUGCUGGUGGCUCUGUACAGCCAUGUGCUGAAAUGUCAGUAAAAGAAAUCAAUAUAUAAACCUGUUCUGCAA